GGAAAAUUUGGGGAAAUACACUAUACACUGUAUCACUAAUCACUAUCCCCUCAUCUGUCGUCAUGUUUUAGUCCUGAAAAAUUCCAGUUGUUGACUUCCGCUGCUCCGAUCAUCUUCACCGCAGCAACGUUAUGGCCGGAAAUUGGCUGCCGCCGGCACAAAUCACCGGAAGUGGCCGACCAGUGCUACACCCCGGUGAAGUUGAGUGCUCACUCCUCUCCAUGGUAGACCUCCUAUCGGAAGAAAAUCCCAGCUUCCCCCACCUCAGGUCUGGCCUUCUCAUUCUCACCACCCACCGCCUACUCUGGCUUCCUGAUUCCACCAUUCCCGCCUCCACUGGUGCCGCCGUCUUCAUCCCCCUUGCUUCCGUCACACACAUAUUCUCUGCGAAAAAAUCCAUCAAGGCUAUGUUUGCUAGUCCUAGAAUUCGUUUCCAGGCUUCAGCCGGCCCGCAAGGUCGAAUCGAGGAGAGUGGUUCGAAAUCGGUGGUGAUAACUCUGAUCAUUCGGGGCAAGUCGGAUGUGGAUUCGUUUUUGGAGAAGUUUUGUGAGGCCUGGAGAGGGAGGGCUUGGGAGGAAGCUGCAAAAUCAAAAUCCGGAUCGGAUGGUCCAAGUAGUUCUGGCUCAGUGUCCAGUUCGGGCGGGGGCAGCCUAGCUGUGAGGAUGCCGGUAGUUGGCGUAGCUGGGAUACUGAGGAAAGAGCAGGAAAUGUGGGAAAACACUGAUAAGAGCUUGCAAGAUGCUUUUCAGGAUUUGAAUGCCCUCAUGAGUAAGGCUAAAGAGAUGGUGAUGCUAGCUGAGAAGAUGAGAUUGAAACUUCUUUCCAGUUCGAGCUCUCACACAGGCACAAAUGAUGAGGAUUUGGGUACAAAGGAGGAGAUGCAAGAUUGGUUACUAAGUGUUGGUAUAGCAUCUCCAGUUACCAAAGAGUCUGCAGGUGCCUUGUAUCAUCAACAAUUAUCUCGACAGUUGGCAGAUUUUAUCAGGACUCCCCUUGACAGGGCAGGAGGAAUGAUUAAUCUCAUUGAUGCUUAUUGCCUAUUCAAUCGCGCUCGUGGAACAGAAUUAAUAUCCCCUGAUGACUUGAUGCGUGCAUGUUCUCUAUGGGAGAAGUUUGAUGUUCCUGUGAUGCUUCGCAAGUUUGAUAGUGGUGUUGUGGUCAUCCAAAACAAGAGCCACAGUGACAAUGAGGUAUUUGCUAGGAUUAAAUCCUUGGUGACUAAAGCUUAUGCUUUACGAGCUGGGAUCAGUGCUAGUGAUGCUGCAAUGACUCUUGGGGUUGCUCCAGCUAUGGCCAAGGAGCAUCUUCUUGCUGCUGAGGGGAAAGGAUUGUUAUGCAGAGAUGUAAGCCCUGAUGGAUUUAGGUUCUUUAUCAAUCUGUUUCAAGACAUUGAUGCUGAUGAUAUAUUCUUAGUGAAAGAUCAUGGAACCUAUGCGAAAUGGAUCGACUCCGCCUCAGCCUCAGCCUCAGCCUCAGCCUAAACGUAUUAUUUUGUCAUAACGAUGAUACUUUAGACAAUUGGAUGUAUCACUUGCUCGGCAACAAAAUCCAAACACGCAAGAAAGACGUUUAAAGGGAGAAGAACAACUAGGUAAAUAGGAUUUUACGCAACUAGGUAAAUAGGA